GUAGGAAGUAUCUGAGCCUGAAUUACUGGUUUCUGUUCCUUUACAUAAACUCUAUGGAUUAAAGCAAUUUUAUUCAACUUUUUUUUUAAUUGACCGCUAUAAAUGAGUUGCUCGGUGAUUUAAGCUGCAUGUCUGCAGCUACUGGAAAUCUGUCGAACACUUAGAAUUACUUUUUUGUGAAGUAACUGCAAUAUUGCGACACAAUGGCCUACAUUUGUCCAAUUAAAAAUGUUGCAGAUUUAGUUUCUGAAGCUCGUCGUGUGUACCGGGAAACGUUUGACGGGGACGAUGCAAAUGUUGCAGUUUGUGCCCCGGGACGUGUGAAUUUAAUCGGAGAACACACAGAUUAUAAUGAAGGAUUUGUCCUCCCAAUGGCCUUGCCGAUGGUGACAGUUAUAGUGGGCAGCGAAAUUUCUGGCCAGAAGUGCUGUGUUGUAACUCUGACUGAAGCUGCCGAUGAGCCCAGGGUGGUGGACUUUGAUCUCCCAAAUGAACUGACCCCACUUUUAAGAGGGCAGCCAAACUGGGCCAAUUAUGUAAAGGGAGUUGUACAGCACUACAGAGCACGUCCCAUCCCUGGCUUCAGAGUUGUAAUAGCCAGUAGUGUGCCACUAGGAGGCGGACUCUCCAGCUCCGCUUCACUGGAAGUGGCUAUGUACACCUUCUUGCAGCAGUUGUGUCCAGAUGAUGGAGAUCAGGUAGCGAAGGCAGUGGCCUGUCAGCAGGCUGAACACACUCAUGCUGCUGUGCCCUGUGGCAUCAUGGACCAGUUUGUGUCCGUUUUGGGUAAAGAGGGCCACGCUUUGCUCAUUGACUGCAGGUCUUUGGAGGCCACUGCUGUCCCUUUGGCUGACCCUGGACUUGUAAUCCUGAUCACAAAUUCCAACGUUAGACAUUCUCUCACAGGAAGCGAGUAUCCCACCAGACGAAAACAAUGUGAGGAGGCAGCAGCCGUUUUGAGCAAGAAAAGUCUAAGAGAGGCUACUUUACAAGAUUUAGAGGCUGCCAAGGAUCGAUUGGAUGGUGUGACAUACCAUCGCGCACGUCAUGUGAUCAAGGAGAUUGAACGCACAGCGCAAGCUGCCGAGGCACUGAAGAGAGGGGAUUACAAGGAGUUUGGGAGGCUGAUGGUGGAGAGCCACAAUUCUCUUAGGGAUAAUUACGAGGUCAGCUGGACAAUUCCAUCUAAAGAAAUUGGACCGUGCUCUAAUGAGUUCAGUAGUGUGAGCGCCCCCUGCUGGCCGCACUAUGAACUGUCCCGGAAGGCGUUUGCUCAGGGAGGAGCCAGAGCGCAAAUCGGCAGCAAGCGCAGCAGGAAACACUUCACUGAUAAUCCUCAAACACUGUCCAUACACAGACCUCGAAGCCGAGGGAAACACAAUUCGAGCCUGCUCUUCUUCACCGCCCGGUGUGGUUUUCCUCUUCACCUCAGGAUAAUUGAGCAAACCCGCUUGAAUCGUGGACAGUGCCGGGACAUCGGGCCGCGGUGA